AUGGCGGCGAUGACGAUGCUAUGGUGCGCAGUAUAUGGCGAAAAAACUAUGUUUCCCGUGACGAUCUUACUCGAAGAUGCGUAUGUGAGCGAUCUUCAGAAGGCUAUCAUAACUGAGAUGAAAGACGUGGACGUUCUCCCAGCUAAGGUGAAACUGUACUUGGCGCGGAAGCAAGGCGAGUGGCUACGUGGCGGCUACGACUUGGAAGCGUUCUUGCAAUCUGGGGUCAGCUCCGAGUAUCCGAAGAUGCUACCCCUUUGGAAGCUCACGAUGCCCGAGUUGUUUGGGUCGAACUUCGAGCCCGCAGUCAACGUGAUUCAUGUGCUGGUGGCCCUUCCGUCCGAACCACCGUCGAAGAAGGCCAAGGUGGACUCAAGUGGCGUUGGACUUGGCGGCUCGAUUGUGGGAACCAACCACGCCCAACCACCACAAGCGACGUGGAAGCCUGACGUUCCACCUGCCUUUUGCCUGUUGAACGACGAUAUGUUUUUCGUCGAUCGAGACGAUGCCGUGAAGCAACUUCAAGAGAUCCAUCGACACACAUACAUCCGCGCCUCAUCGCUUGGAGAUCAAUACGUCCAACGGUGCCGCGACGCAUGGAAGGAUCUCGACAAGCCCACCGACUUCCAUAAAACUCUGAUGCGAUGCCACACCGUGCGUCUCGUGUUCAAGAGUGGAGCGUUGGUCGAGUCAUCGUUCGACGCUGUACUGAUUCAUUUGCUUGUCAGACAGCUCCGGGACAUGUUUGAGGUGCCGCCGGCGAUUCUGUCGACUCCACCGCCGUCUGUCGUUGAUUUCCUCGAACUGUUGACUGACGAAGUGGGUCCGCUGUUCAUUGCGCUCGAUGAGAUUGGCGCUGCGUUUACAUGCGACUCGUGGACCGAUUUGAAGAGUCGAGAUCGUCUCAUGGCGUUCUGCCGCGCCAUUGUUGGAAACUGGCUGUUGAUUCCAAACAUGUUGUUGGUGCUGCUUGGCCGAGGCCCGUUCCUUGGCCUUGUUGGGAAAAUACCGACCCAAGUGAAGAUUCAGGCCAGCCCGUUCACAAUCUUCUGUCGGCUAAGGCUUCGCCUCCUUCGGCAAGGUCCGAUCAAGACCAUCAUGGCCAAGACAUUUGUCGACCUUGACGGGACCGCCACGAUCAAAGGUGCCUAUGGACUGGAGGACGAUCAAGUGGAGGCGGUGGCCCAGCACCUCUUUCAGCAAACGUGUGGUCACCCGCGGUCCCUCCUGAUGGCGUUCACAACGUGUCAAUCUUAUGCGGAACUCAUGGCGUACCAUGCAUGCACCAGUCGAGAUUGA